AUGUUUUCCUUUCAGGCAACAGAUAAGGCCACCAUGAGCGGCGUCGGGAUCAGGGAAGGGCGUGCCACAGUGGCAGAUCUUCUUCGUGCUGCAGGAUCUGGCGGCGCAGCACCUGUCGCGAACCCUUCGUUGCUGUCCAGCAUUCACGCAACCAAUCUGGCUGCGAGUGCCUUAUUGGCAUCGUCCCUGAGUGUCGAAGAGAAGGCGUAUGUUGCCUCUCGCAUGGGCACUUUGGAGCCUCUGCGGCAGCAGAGAUCCCUUGAUAGUAUUCUGGGACAGCAGAGAGCGGCACUUGUGAAGCUUGCAGCGGGCAGGAGGCUCAUUGAACAGGCCAAACAGAGUCUGAAUCUGGAGGCCACCAUGAGAGCGCAGAUCACCGCCCCUGCCAUCCUUCCAGCCGCGGCACGAACCCCCAUCACUCCGUUGCAAGCCCAAGCACCGGUUCUGACUACCCCCAACUCCCCCCUUGCACAACUCAGCCCUCCCCUUGCACAACUCAAUCCUCCCCUUGCACAACCCAAGCAGGCACCUCCAAAACCAAAGUUUGAGCCCUGA